GUAAUUCUACAGGAACUCUUCACCAUUUUCGCGACGGUUUCUCUCGAGCGAGUCUGCCUUGAAGACGACCUCCAAGCAUGCCGUUCAAUUACUGAGACAUUAUAGAGCUUUCAUCGCAGCCGAUAACGCUGGGAUGUCACGGCUAUCAGCGAGCGGAGCCGGGCUCCCCCCAAUGGGGUAGGCCGGCCCCAAAAAUGGAAGGCUGGGCUAAUAUGAACAGGGCCAGUGGGCAUGGCUUGUGGAGACAAGGCUGGGCGAGACGAGGCUUCGCAGUAUUGGUCGUUUUCGUGCUGCUUGGGCCCGGCGCCAGAGCAGCAUGGCAGCCCAGGACAGACUUUGAGAUACCGUCAGAGGCGCGGUACUCGUGCCCCAGCAGAGACGUCGCUCUUGCCAUCCUAAGCGCGACCCCCGGUGGUCACACAGCCUGCAUCGGCAGCGUCCCCAGCGCUGGAUUUCGGCCGCCGACGAUUCAACUGGAUGGAGCAUCGCUGCGGGGCGAAGUAUCGUCAGGCACACGCCUCCGCCUGACGGGCAUUGACCUGGACCUUAUGUACGCGCCACGGCCGCCGCCGCCGUGGCCGCCGCCACCCAGCCCGCCGCCGCGGCAGCUGCCGCCGCGGCCGCCGCCGCGGCCCUCGCCGCCGGUGCGCCUCAACACCAGCGGCGGCGCCAUCGGCGGCGUCAUCCUAACGCCCACCGGCAGCCCCUACGGCACGUACGCGCCGCCCGGUGGCUACUACGGCGGCCCCGUCCCGCCCGUCCCCCACAACGCCUCUGGCGACGGCGACGGUGGCUCGGGCGGCGGCAGUGGCCAGUACGGCGCCAGCGGCGAGGGCGCGGGCGGCAGCGGGGGGGGAGGCUCGGGGGCUGACCCCGACCACAACGAGGAAAACGAGCAGCCGGAGGGCGGUGGCGCCUGGGACAACGAGCCGCCGUCGGACAUGCCGCCGGCGGUGUACGGGGGUGAGCCGCCGCCGCCGCCGCCGGACCUUGCAUCGCUAGCGGGCGCCGGCCGCCGCCGCCGCCGCCGUGUCGCGCAGGAGACCGGCAACGGCAGCGCCGCCAGCCCCAGUAGCAGCGACAGCAGCAGCAGCGGCGCCGCCGGAGGCGGGGCUGAGGUGGACGCCGAGGCGGACCUGGCGUCGGCGCUGCUGCCGCUGCUGCCCAACCUCCGGCUGGGCGCGGGCGCCUCGCUGCACCUGUCCUUCAGCGCCGUGGCCGUGCGCUGCUCGCUGCUGCAGACGCUGUGGGCUCGGCAGCAGGCCUACGGCUGGGGCAGUAGCAGUAGCAGUAGCAGUAGCAGCAGUGGCAGUAGCAGCAGCGGUGCUGUUGUUGGGUUAAACGUGACGGACGACGACAACCUGAUCCGCUUCGCCUUCCCGCGCGCCUACGUGCGCACGUGGCGCCGCGGGCGGCUGACGGCGGAGGAGCUGACGCUGACCUGCGAGCGCUCCGACGACUUCAGCGCCGCCGCCUGCGCCGCCGAUCGCGCCGCCACCGACCGCACCGUGGUGUGGGAUGCGGCCGACGGCACCGCCCUGUUGGCGGCCCUAGCUGCCAUCAGCACUGGUGCCACUCCUACUGCUACAGCUGCCACAGCUGCUACAGCCGGCGCCGUGUCCUCCCAGGCGCCCGACUGCCGCAGCCACGCCGCGCACGUGAUCCGGCUGGCGGCGGGCGGCGUGGUGGCACUGCCGGCGGCGGCCUGGCCGCAGCAGGGGGUUGUGUUGCACGUCAACGUCACCAUCCAGGGCCGCCAGCAGCUUGGCGCUGCCGGCGGCAGUAGCAGCACCAGCAGCAGCACCACCACCACCACCAGCAGCAGCGGCAGUAGCAACAGCAGCAGCAGCAGCAAUGCGACAGCCGUCGGCACGGUGUUGGACCUACGCGGCCUGGAGGCGGUGGCGGCGGUGCGGUGCGGCGCGCGGGUGACGUUGGCGGGGCUGGGGCUGGUGGGGCUGGCACGGCACCCGGCGGCGUACCUGGCGGCGAGCGUGGGCGUGGUGAUGGCAGACAGGGGCGCCAACUGGACCACGAAUGCGGCGGCCGCCUCCGCGCCGCUGCUGCUGUCGGGCGUGACGCUACUGCUGCCCACCCCCGAGCUGCAAGCCCUGGCGUACUGGGGUGCGCUGGCAGCCAACCCCACCGUGGGCAGCAACGGCGGCGCGGGCUCGGGCACGGGCGGCGGCAGCGGCGGCGGCGCGGCGGCGGCGGCGGCGCUGCUGGGCUGGCGGCGGUCCCUGCUGCAGCGCAUCCAGGGCGCCGAGUUCGCUGCGGACCGGCUGCGCCUGCGCUCCGGCGGCCUGAUGGGCACCGCCCUGGCCGACGUGACGCUGACAGACGACCCCGCCGUGGCCUACGACGGCGUGCCGCUGCUGCUGACGUCAGCGGCGGCGGCUGAGGCGGCGGCGGCGGCGGCGGCGGCGGCGGGCGCCAACAGCAACACGACCGGCGCCAAUAGCAGCGCGAUCGGCAGCGGGAGCAGCGCCAGCGGUGUGAGCAGCAGCGGGAGCCUGCUGCAGCUGGCGCUGCAGGCCGCCGCGGACAGCGGUGCCGGCGCCGGCGCGGCGGGCGCGUGGGCUGCGGCGGCGGCGGAGCUGCUGGCGGCGCCGCCGCCGGCGUGGCUUGUGGCCGCAGGCGACACCGCCGCACUGCUGGACCCUGCACUCACGUCGCCCACGCUGCUGCUGGCGGCGGGCAGUGCCGGACAACUGCAAGAGGCGGUGGCGGUGGCGGCGGACCUUGGGCAGCUCAAGCGCAGCGCCGCAGCUGCCGGCAUUCCCACCGGCACGGUGGCGAACGGCCGCGUGCUGCUGCAGCUGCUCGCGCCCGUCGCCCUCAACCGCACCCAGUGGCCCGCCGACGGGCUGGCGCUUGCGCUGCCCACCACCCUAGCCAGCCACCCGCCCGGCUCCGUACACAGUCUAGACAUGGGCUUGGGCCUGGGCUACCUGGCGGCGCCGGCGGCGGCGUCCGGCGGCAGCGGCGGAACGGCGGCGGCGGCUGCGGCGCAGCUGACGCUGCGCUCGGUGCAGGUGCUUCGCAGCGGCUGGCUGCGGAACGUCACGGGGCAGCUGGGCGGCGGCAGCGCCUGGCCGGUGCCGCCACCGCCGCCGCCCUCGCCACCGCCGCCGCCGCCGCUGCCGCCGCUGGCCAGCGGCGGCGGCGAGCCGGCGACGAUUCUGGGAAAGGGCAGCGGCGGCGCCGCCAACGUAUUCAGCCUAGAGGCCACGCAGUCGCAGCCGCCGUCGCCGCGGCCGCCUAGGCCAACGCCGACCCCGGCGCCGCCGCCGGCGCCGCCGGCGACGACGACCUUACUGGCGGAGUCACUGCAGCUUCGGCUGUGGUCACUCGUGCCCGGCUCCUCCACUUCCUCCUUCUCCUCCUCCUCCUCUUCCAGCUCCACUUCUACCGGGGCUCCGCUGGUGCUGGACGGCGCGGUGGUGACGCUGUCGCGGGAGGAGGUGCUGCUGCUGCUCGCCUGCGCAGUUCGCGGCGGCGCGGCGCUGCCGCACACCAGCGCCCCCGGCACCAGCGGCGCCGCUCUCAGCGCCGCCAGCGUCGAUGACCUCAGCAGCCCUGCCGCGGGCGGCAGCGGCGGCGGCAGCGGGACCGACGCAGGCGCGCUUGCGAUCCUGUCGCCGGCGGCGCGGCGGCGGAGCGCGCUUGCGCAGGUGGUUGUGUUUGCCCCUGGCGACGUCGGGCACGGUGGCAUGGGCACGGACGCGGGCGUGGACGGCCCGCACGCGGUUAAUCCGGACGAGGCAGCGGCCGUCGCGGCGCUGGUGGAGGAGGCGGCCAGGCCGCAGGCGCAGGUGCCGCGGUGGCGGCGGCGGCUGCGCCGCUCAACCUCGUCGAGGCAGCUCGCGCAGGCGUCGGCUGCGCCGCCGCCGCCGCCGCCGCCAGCGCCGGCAAGCGCGGAGUCCGUGCUGGCGGCGUGGCAGGCGGCGACGGCGGAGGCGGCGACGCUGCUGACGGACGCGGCGUGUGCGGGCCUGGAGGACCUGGGCCUCAAGCCGCCGGCCUGGCCGGAGCCGUGGACCUGGGCCUCUGCGGGCGGCGGUGAGGUUGAGCUGGCUGUAGCAACCGACGCCGCAGUGGCGGUGCUGGGCGGCAGUAGCAGCGGCGGCGGCAGUAGCAGCAACAGCCCGACGCCGCAGCUGCUGCUACGGAAUGUGACGCUGCGCAGUAGCGCCGGGAUCAUCCGAUUCGACAUGCAGAAGCUGCUGUUCCUUGUCGCGCCAGCCUCUCCCACGAUUGAGCCUGCGGCACCCGUGCCCUCCCUGCCGCCCCCGAGCGCCGACGGCAGCGGCGGCGGCGGCAGCCUUAGCGGCGGCGCCAUUGCCGGCGUCGUUGUGGGCGCGGUGGUGGGCGCGGCACUGCUGGCGGUGGUGGCGUUCCUGUUCGUCAGCCGCCGCCGCCGGCACAGCGGCUACGCUGCCGGGCUGGACAAAGCCAACAUGUCGCAAGACGACUCAGCCCUGGUCCGCGGCAUGAGCCCUCGCAACCAGGCGGCGCUGGGGUCCAUCCUCGCCGCCGCCUCUGCCGCCGCCAACCGCUCCGUCGGCGGCGGCAGCGCCGCCUCCGCCGCCCUGGAGGCGGCGCCGCCACGUGACAGUGACGACCUGGAGCAGGGCGGCGGCGGCGGCAGCCGCCGCGGCGGCCGCGCCGCCGCCGUCAGCGCUGACGGCAGUAGCGGCUCACCCGACCAGCAGGCGGCGGGCGGCCGCCGGCCGGCGGCGGGGCGCGGGCGGCUCUCCACCGGCAGCGUCGCGGCGGCUGGCGGCGGCGCAGCAGGCGGCGGCGGUGGCGGCGGCGGCUCGCUGCAGCGGCGGCUGACGCUGGGCGUGACGCCGGAGGAGGCCGCGGCUGGCGGUCUCGCCGCGCCCGCGCGCGCCGCCAGCGCCGCCGGCGCCCACAUGCGGCCGCUGCCGCUCGCCGUGGGCACCGCCGCCGGCAGCGCCAUGGCGAGCCCAGCUGGCGGCGGCGCCGGCUCCGGCACGGCGCCGCGCGGCAGCUUGUCCUGGCUCAACCGGGUUAUGGACCGACUGCGAGCCGGAGAGCCGCUAGACUCGGGCAGCCUGGUUCCCGGCGGCGGCGCCGCCGCAGCGGCGGCGGCUGGCGGCGCAGCCGGCGGCGGCGGCGCGCGCAGCCGCAGCAGCCACGGCACGCUGCUGAGCGCGCUGGGCGGCGCGGGCGGCGGCGGCGACGGCUCCCCGGAGGGCCGCGUCGCCUCCUCGCAGGCCGACGCCGCCACCAGCGCCACCAUACUGACCACCACUGCCUCCGGCGGCGGCGGCGGCGGCGAGCGCAUCAGCCCCGCCGCUAGCAAGGCUUCCAGCGGCCUGCGUGAGCGCGACACGGCUUUCACCGCACACGGCGGCGGCGUGACCGCCGCUGACGCCGCCGCCACCGCCACCACCGAAAGCUCCCUCACCGACAAGCUCGAGGGCCGCGCUACCGGCAGCGGAGACGGCACCACCGCCGCGCUGACUGGCAGCGGCGGCAGCAGCAACAACAACACCCACAACACCCACAACACCCUCAGGGGCUCGAGGGCGCUGGUCAACGCGGCGGCGUUGACUGCCAAUGCCUCCAACGCGGCAGCGGCAGCAGCUGGCGCGGGCGGCGGCGGCGGCGCGGGUACGCACUCGGCCUUCAACGCGCUGAGCAACACGGUGGCGUCGCGCGUGGCGGUUAAGAAGGUCGUGCACCGCACGCAGUCGGCGGUCCUGGACGAGCUGCACAGCCUGUCUGUGGACCUGUCCAACGAGAUUGACGACCACCAGCUGCUGGUGCUGGACGUGGUGGCCUCGGGCGGCUACGGCACUGUGUAUCGCGGCAGCUGGCAGGGCCUGAGUGUGGCGGUGAAGACCAUUCUGUUCCAGGAGGCCAGCUACAGUCGCAAGGUGGCGCUACAAGAGGCGGCGCUCAGCAAGUCCAUAUCACACCCCAACAUUGUGGCCACCUACGCUGUGGACGCGCGCCCCAUCGGCGUGGUGCCGCACCGCCGCCCAACCAACCACAACCACAAUGGCGGCGGCGACGGCGGCGUGACGGCGGCCUCGGCGGCCAGCACCGCCAGCAGCGGCGGCGAGCGCUCCAUGGCUGACAUCCGGGACUGGCGGCUCUACAUCAUCCAGGAGUUCUGCGACGGCGGAACACUGCUGCGCGCCCUCAAGGGCCGCUUCUUCUGCACCACCACCAACACCGGCACCUCCGGCACCGCCACCGGCGCCGGCUUCGCGGGCAGCGACACCUCCGCGCCGUCGCAGCAGCCGUCGGCGGCACACUCGCACGUGGCGGUGGCUUGCUCCGCGGGCAUGGACGGUGCCGUCGGCGACGCUUCCUCGGCGGGCGGCGGCGGCCGCGAGUCGGGCGGCGGCGGCGGCGGCGGCGGCGGUCCCAACAUGCUGAUGGUGCUGGAGCUGUCGCUGGGCAUCGCCGCCGCAAUCCGACACCUGCACUCCAAGCAGGUCGUGCACGGAGACCUCAACCCGCGCAACGUGCUGCUCAAGCGGGACAGCGCAGCGCUGGCAGGAUACGUGCCCAAGGUGGCGGACUUCGGCAUGUCCGUCAAGCUCAGCGCCGCGCAGAGCCACGUGUCCAAUGUGUGGCAGGGCACGCAGUUCUACGCCGCGCCCGAGCAGAUCGAGCACGGCAUCCUGACCAAGUUCUCGGACGCCUACGCCUUCGGCGUCAUGCUGUGGGAGCUGGCCUGGAGCCAGCCCGUGUGGCUGGCGGUGCAGCCGCCGCCGCAGCCACCAGGCGGCGCCCGACACCACCGCGCGCAGCCGCCCGCGCCCUCCUACGUGGCGCACCCCAACUUCCCCAAGCUGCCGCCCUCGGUCCCUCCCGAGUAUGCGGCGCUGGUGGGCGCCUGCCUGCGGCCCAUGCACACGCAGCGCCCCGCCUUCACAGCCAUCCACCGCGCUCUGCGGGCGCUGCAGCACCAGCUGCGCGCCGCCAUGGCCGCACGCUACUGCCCCGAGCUCGAGCCCCUCGACUCCCCCGCCACCUCCGUCAUCUCCACCCUCACCACGCCCGCCUCCACCGCAUCCGGAGCGGGCGGCGGCGCCGGCGGCGUGGGCGGCGGCAAUGGCGGCCGGUCACACACUUCGUACGGGAUCGGGCCCGCCGCCGCCGCCGCGGCGACCGCCAUGGCGGCGGCCGCGGCGGCGGCGGGCGGCAGCGUGGGAGGCGGCGGCGCGUUGUCGCCUGCGGGUGGGGUGGCGGCGACGUUGGCGGAGCGUCGCCGCGCGAACAGCAUGGCGGCGCAACGGCAUGUGGUGGGCGGCGUUGGCGCCGCCGCUACCGCCGCCGGCGUGGCUGCCAGCGUCCCGCCCACGCCGCCCACGCCACAGCAGCCACAGCAGCAGUCGCAGGUGGAGCCGAUGCAGCUGCAGCGGGGCAGCGGCAGUGGCAGUGGCACGUCGGCACUGGCGGGUUUAGGAAACGGCGGUGGCCCAGCGGCAGCGGCGGCAGCGGCUAGUGCGAACGGCCCGGGUGCCGCAACCGCCGCUGGGCAGGUGGUUGUGCUCGGCGCCGCUGCUGGGACGGCGGCGGCGGCGGCGCCGCCGCCGCCGCCGCCCGUGUUGGCGGUUGGCGGCGGCGCGGCGGCGCCGAGCCCCGUGCCCAGCCCCAAUUCUCCGCUGGGUAUGGCGCAGAUGGUUUUGGCUCGGCACCACGCACACAUGCAGGAGCUGCAUGCGGCCUUGGGCGGCCGCGGCGCCACCGGCGGCCGCCUGGGUGCCAUGCGCCGCGUCAGCAGUGCGCGCGCCUGGGCCGGCGGCGUCAACCACCUGGCGGUUGGUGGCGGCAGCGCCGCCGCCAGCUCCACCGCCGCCAGCUCGACCGCGGGCAGCGACGCGCACGCGGCGCUGGCGGCGGCCGCCGGCAUGCCCGUUGCUCGCUUCGACGCCUCCAGCGCUGGCAGCAGCAGCAUGGCUGGGUCGGCGUCCGGCGCCACGGCCAGCGCCGGCGGCGUGCCCGCCGCCGCCGCGUCCUUCCUGGCGGCGCAGCAGCGGCUGCUGUUUCGCAAGAGCCUGUCCAGCAACAGCAACCACACGCAGUCGUCCGUGGGCGCUGGUGCCGGCGCCGGCAAUAUGACGGUCGGCGGCUCCAACGCGCCGUACAUUGCGUACCCGCCACACCUCGGCGGCGGCGGCGGCGGCGGUACGGCAGGCGUAACCGUAACCACCGGUGCGGGCGGCGGUACGGACGGCAUGGAGUCGCCGUUCACGCCCGCCAGCAACGCCUCAUCCGCAAACGUGCCGUACCACCUUGCCAACUACCACAACCACUACUACGGCGGCAUGCCGUUGCACCCGGCAACCGCCGCCGCGCUGGGACUGCCGCCGCUGCCUGGCGGCGGCGGCUCCGCCGGCGGCUCGGGCCACCCCCUGCUGUUGGGCAGCAACGCCACCGGGGCCUUCACCGGCGGCGGCAACCUGAUGCUCAGCAGCCUCACCACCGCCGGCGGCGGAACAGGCACCGGCCCCGCCACGGAGCGCGACUCCAACAUGUCCGAGCGCCUGUCCGCCGAGCGCGCCUCGGGGGGCAGCCGCGGCUCAGCUGGCAGCAGCAGCAUUCCGCUGCACACCUACCUGUACAGCCCCAUCGGGCCGGCCGCCGGCGGCAACGGCUUCAGCGGCAUGCCCGGCGUAGGCGUCGUGGUCGGCGGCACCGGCGGCGCCGCCGGGCCGGCGCCGCCGGGCGCCGCCACGCUCAGCCCCGGCAGCAGCGCCGCCGGCAGCGCCGCCUGCCUACCGCCGGCCGGGCUGAGCGUGGGCGGCCUGCUUGGCCUCCCCCGGUUGGAGGAGGGGGAUGAGGCUGAGUCGCACUCGCAGACGCUGGGCGUCAGCUCGCCACCCUCGGCGACGGCGGAGGCUGCCGCCGCCGCCGCCGCCGCCGCCGCGUCGGUUACGAUGCUCGGCCGCAGCGGCCCUGUGCCGCCGCCGGCGCCGGGAGGCGGCGUGGCGGCGGUCGUGGCAACCGACUGGACCGGCAACGGCAUGGCGCGCAGCGGCAGCAACCGCCGCCUUAGCCGCAUGGCGCCGCCGUCCGUUGCCGCUGCUGCGGCCCCGGCCACGCCCAUGGCUACUGUUGUGGCGACGUCGGCGGCGGCCGCAACUGCAGCCUUUGGCGGAGCCGGAGGCGGCCGUGGCGGCGGCGGCGGCGCCGCCGCCGCCAGCCGCCUUCCGGUGGACUCCGACGUCGCCAACCGUCAGGACGUGCCUCCCGGCAUUCCGCCGACGCUGAUGCGGUGCGCCACUGGCGGCGGUAGCGACACCGGCGGCGGCACCGGCUCGGCGUCGCUGUCGAUGGGCGCGACGGCGGGCGACGCCAGCACUAGCGGCGUCAGCGGCGGCGGCAGUGGCGUGCGCGGCCGGCUGCAGGUGCAGGACUCGGCGGAGGGCGUGGCUCGACUUGACACGGCCUGCGCUCAGUACCUGGGCGGCCCACUGGCGGAGUCCGCCGGCGCCGACGUCGCCAGCACCUGCGUGGACCUUGCCUGCAAGGCCCUGGCCCCGUCCGGCGCCGACACCACCAUCUCCACCGCCACCUACACAUCAGCUGCCGCGACCCCCGCGGCCUGCGCCGUUACCCGGUUCGAGCGUGCACACGAGGCGGCGGCAGCCGCCGCAGCGGAGGCGUCAGCGUUGGCGUCAGCAGCCGCCGCAGCUGACCGCCGCCCAGCGCCCGGCCCUGGGCACCGAGCUUCCGCAGGCCUGAGCAUGACCGACUUCGAGGCAGCCGCCAUUGCGGCGGCGGCAGCGGCGGCGGCAGCGUCGCCGGCAGGUGCAGGUGCUGGUAUCAUCGCCGGCGAGAGCCACGCUGUCGCGCCGCCGGCAGCUCUGUCUCUGGCGGGUGGCCUCGCGCCCGGCAGCCCCGGCGUGCCCCCGCCGUCGCAGCUGCAAAGCCCGUGCGGCGGGCGGCCGUCGCGCCACGGCUCGUUCUUCGGCUCGCUCGCCUCCAGCCUCCGCUAUGCCUCCGCCAACCUGCAGGUCGGCUUCUCGCGCGCAAGCUCUCUCGUCCGCGUGGGCUCUCACACCACCACCGCCUCCCAUGCCUCCGCCGCCUCCACCAGCCACGGCGGCGCCCCGACCCCAGGCACAGGCACCGAAACGGGGACCGGCACGGCGCCCGGCACCGGCACCACCGGCACCGGCACGGGCAGCGGCGCACUGCCGCGGGCGCUGUCCCGCGGCGGCGGCGGCGGCGGCGCGCUGUCGCCCUUCGAAGCCACCGGCGCCCCGCACGGCGCAGGCGCAGGCGCAGCUGCCCCCUCGGCUGCGAUGGCGACGGAUGCCGGCGGCUCGCCAUGCCUUCCGCAGCCGCCGGCGGGCGCCCUCGAGGGCCGGCCCGAUGCUGGCGGCGGCGCCGCCGGCAGUGCCGCCGACGCUGUCGUGGAUUCGCCAUACGCUGACGCGACGGCCGCCGCCGCAGCGGCGCGCCGCCGCGACAGCGCGCCGCUCGUACGGGAGGCUUUUGGCCGCGAGCUGAACCGAGUGCUGUCAAACAGCAGGCAUGUCAGCGGCAACGGCGGCGCCAGCCCGGGAAGGACCGGCGGCGGCGGCGGCGGCGGCGGCGCCGGCAGUGGGCAGCGGCGCAAUCCGUUGCUGUCCACUCCGCGCCACGUCAGUGUGCAGGACGAGCUCCCCUCGCCUGGGGCGGCGGCGAGUGCGCCGUCUGGCGGCGCCGCCGCGGCUGCGGCUGCGGCUGCAGCAGCAGUGGCGACGGCGACGGCGACGCCGCCAAGGUAGUCCGGCGGCAGCGGCAGCGGCAGCGGGGCGCCUGUAGCAGGCUCCGCACUGUCCCUGCCUUUGCCUCACCUCGGUGGCAGCGGAAGCGAAACCGGUCAAGGCUGCAUUUAGCUUAGCAUUAGCUUUGGCUUGAUGAAUUUAUCUUUCUUCGUGUGACUUUUGAAACUGGCCAGGAACUAAACGGAGAGUAUUAUAUCGGUGGCGGCCCCACACCUUCAAAGGCGCGUGCACUUGGCAUCAGGUGAUUGACGUCUCGAUAGCUACGUUUCGUACUGCGCGCCGCGUGGCAGCGUGCGCACUGACUCGCUCCUUAUUUGUUGAGACGCACACGCACUUUUGCACGCAGACGUGCAGCGCGCAUCCCUCCCUUGAUACAUUUCGGUAGUUGGUCCUCAAGUCUGAUGAGCUGGUGAGCGCCUUGCGGCGCGAUAUUACAAUCCUGGUGACGCAUCUUCUCGAGCGUGUUCGCCAAUAAUUGAUUGCAUGUAAGAAGGCCCGCGUUGCAGCUGGCGAUUGCGUGCGUGCAUGCUGAUGGGGGUCUUGCAUUGUCGUGAGGGGUUGGUAGGCGUCCACGAGUUUAUUGCAGGUGCAUAUGGUCAUGGACUUAUUCAAUACAACAGGAGGUAUCGGACGUGCGUAAUAUGGUACAGCAAAAAACUCGCAGACUUGCACCGCUUCGUGCAUACUCCGUGACUUCACAACCGCACUGCUUCCACAUGAUUCCAAGGAUGGCUUGUUGAUGUGUUGUUCUUGUCGCAUGAGUGCUCAAGUGAGGGGGCGAGGCACGUGACAAGUUGGAUGGGCAGCGGCCUGAUGGUAUGAAGGUACGGGAUACUCGAAGUUUUGUAUGUGUGUGCGUCUUGGCAGCAGACAUGCUGGGCGGUCGGCGAGCACCGUGUUACGCGUGAAUGCAACGCACCCUCUACGCUUCUAGAUGUUGUGUCUGCGGUCAUGGUUGUGGUUGUUUUGGAAAUGCCACGCAGGCGUGGGCAGGUGGGAGGAGAGCGAGCGGAGCACGGGGUAGUGUGCUGCUGAUAGGUAGCUGGAGCAAAGGAUGGACUGAACGCAGGCAUGGCCCUUUGGCCGUAUACAUCGCGUCAAGUAAGAAGUAGGGGCCGCAUGGAGUGUGCGGGAGUGGCUGCAGACCGGCAUUCUGUCUGCAGUGCGCUUCUGCGGGCCUGUGCAGCUGUCUCGCGCGUAAACGGCUGGCUGGGGCCCAGCCGCUGGGCCUGUUGGCGUGUAAUUAAGUACUGGA